AUGUGUCACCACGGCAGCUUCUAUGGAGUCCGAGGCUGUGGCCACGGAGGUAUCAAUGGACUGGGCUAUGGCCACGGAGGCUUUAGUGGCUUGCGAUAUGGCCACGGAGGUGUCAGUAGCUACGGCUACAACCAUAGGGGCUUCAGUGGCCUGGGCUAUGGCUUUGGCUGUGGAAGUGGCAGCUUCCAUAGACUGGGCAACCAUUAUGGCUUUGGAGGCUAUGGAUAUGGUUCUGGCUAUGGAAAUCAAAAUCAUGGUUGCUUCCAUCCUUCCUCUUUUGGGGGACAUGGCUUCUCCAGCUUCUACUGA